CUGUAACCUCCCUGACCUGUAAAGACAUCCUCGACUAUGAAUUUAUUUAUAAUAUUUAUUUAUGUAUUGUGCAUGAAAGAUCGAAGAAAGACAUCGUCACAAAACUCACUAUGCUUUUUUUACCUUCCUAAAAAUGAUACGUAUUAAGAAAAUAUCAACACUAAUCUCUAUAAUAUUUCUGGAAAUUCAAUAUUGAAGAUAUAGAUAAAGAUUUAUAAAAUACCUUAAUAAAAUUUAUUAUUUUAUCCACCCAUAGGGUGGAUUUUUAAGACGACGUCUGAGCCGCGGUUUGAAAACUACGGUUUGAGGCCACGGCUUGGGCAGCGAAAUAGAUUGAUAAAACGAUGAUUCAACGAAGUCUGGUGGGACCGCGGUCUCAAGCCGCGGGUCCGAAAAAUCGGUUUGGCGAGUGCGAACAGCGGUCGUCGAGUGUUCUAUAUACACUCUGGGUCUUGCAGCAGAAACCACUACAAAGUUCGCGCCAAAGUAGUGGAUGUACUGCUGAUAUCGAAGAUGGCUCGCUAUGAAAAACACAAAAGGGUGAUUCUGGCAGAAAUUUGCCAAAAAUACCCAGUUUUGACGAAGAAAUCGUACACAGGUGAUGUGAUUAGCGAGAAGAAACAAACCUGGAUUAAAAUAUGCGAAGAAUUUAACGCGUCAAAUCCAGGCAAACCUGCGCGUGAUUGUGGACAACUUCGGAGCCUCUGGAAGCGUUUGAAAGAUGGGGCAAAAAAAGCCCUUGAUGCUUCAAAGAAUGAGGCCAGAGGCACUGGGGGAGGUCCAUCACAAACAAAAUGUAUGGAUGCAGCUGAAGAAAUUGUGGCAGGAAUACUAGGAGCAUCAUUUGAACCAUUAGAAGUGGUGUAUGAUGAUGAUGCCUUUGUAUUCCAGAAAGUUCCUGGAGUACUACAUAUUCCCACCAUUAUUGAAAAUAAUGGUGGGAAUAUAAAUGGCAGUCAGGAGAAAGAUGUCAUGGAAAAAAAUGAUGUUUCCAGUUCUUCUGCCACAUUUUCUAUGCCUGUAACCCAGAAAAAGGCAUCAGAAGUAAAAAAGAAAAAAAAUUAUGAAGAUGAUCUAUUAAAAAUGGCAAAACUGGAGCACAUGGCCAAAAUGGAACAGCAUGCAGUAAAAUUACAAACACUGAAAAUACAGAAAAAAAUAGCCUUUCUAGAAUUUAAAAAACAAAACCGUUAUAAUAUUAAAAGAAAUAAAAAACAUUAAUUUCUC